AUGCUGGGAAAGAGAUUAACCCAACUUGAUGACAAUGAAUCUCAUUGUGAAGAAACUAUGGUAGCAAGUCAGGAUGAAGGAAGAGUUGAUGGUGCCUCAAAGCAUGUAUGGUAUAGUUAUGUGUGGUCUCUGUCACAAACUGCCGUUGAGUUUGCAGAUCGGUAUAACACCGCCCUCGUUUGCCACAGAUGGUGCUUCCUGGCAUGUCACCCUCGGCUAUGGUUGCGAGUAGAUCGGUCUGUGAAAGAUUUAUCUCAGCCUGGAGUUUUUCCCAGCAUUGAAACAGCUGUCUCUGCUGCAAGUCCUGGUGAUACCAUUCUGAUUGCGGCUGGAGGAAGUCAUGUUGCUUCUAAUAUUCAGAUUAAGAAGCCACUUUGCCUGAUUGGUGGGGGCGAGCUUCCUGACAAUACAACACUCAUCUGUUCCCGGGGUUCGGACAGUGCACUGGAGUUCCUGUCAACCUGCAAACUGUCGAACUUGACAGUGAAAGCGGAACUAGGUUGCUGCUUGCUUCAUAGGAGUGGGAGGCUGACAAUUGAUGGGUGCAUUCUUCAAUGUGAAUCAAACCCAUUGGAUCAUCUCUCCCAUGCUAUUGUGAGCACAGCCAGUGGCCCUGAGGUGCUCCAAUCCUCAUUGGAGAGUUGUGACAAUCGUGUUUCUGUUUCUCGAACUCGAAUUGAAGGCGGUGCAAAGGCUGUUUUGACAAGUGGAACCCUUGCGUUGCAGCGAGUUCGUGUCAUUUAUGCUCGGACUUCCCUCUUUUUCUGGUUUGAUGUAGAGCAUCGUUAUGUGUGGUCUCUGUCACAAACUGCCGUUGAGUUUGCAGAUCGGUAUAACACCGCCCUCGUUUGCCACAGAUGGUGCUUCCUGGCAUGUCACCCUCGGCUAUGGUUGCGAGUAGAUCGGUCUGUGAAAGAUUUAUCUCAGCCUGGAGUUUUUCCCAGCAUUGAAACAGCUGUCUCUGCUGCAAGUCCUGGUGAUACCAUUCUGAUUGCGGCUGGAGGAAGUCAUGUUGCUUCUAAUAUUCAGAUUAAGAAGCCACUUUGCCUGAUUGGUGGGGGCGAGCUUCCUGACAAUACAACACUCAUCUGUUCCCGGGGUUCGGACAGUGCACUGGAGUUCCUGUCAACCUGCAAACUGUCGAACUUGACAGUGAAAGCGGAACUAGGUUGCUGCUUGCUUCAUAGGAGUGGGAGGCUGACAAUUGAUGGGUGCAUUCUUCAAUGUGAAUCAAACCCAUUGGAUCAUCUCUCCCAUGCUAUUGUGAGCACAGCCAGUGGCCCUGAGGUGCUCCAAUCCUCAUUGGAGAGUUGUGACAAUCGUGUUUCUGUUUCUCGAACUCGAAUUGAAGGCGGUGCAAAGGCUGUUUUGACAAGUGGAACCCUUGCGUUGCAGCGAGUUCGUGUCAUUUAUGCUCGGACUUCCCUCUUUUUCUGGUUUGAUGUAGAGCAUCGGUAA